AGAUUUAACAUUUUCGAUUCUUCUCUUCCAUCUCCUAACUGUUUGAUUCUUUUCGAUUUCAUACUAUAUUUCAACUCUGGAUUAUCACAGCUAACAAUAAAUUUAUUUUUCUAGCUAAGCUCCACUAUUCAGAUCUGUUUUCGUCUCAAUUUCCAAUAAUUCAGUAUUGUAUCUGAUUUUGAUAUAUUUCUGUGCUAAUUCUUAAGAAAUAUUUUAGAUUUAGGUUUUUGUGUCUAUAUUUGUGUACAAGAAAAUCUUUUCUCUGUUGAAAAUCUGGGUUUCCCUUAAAACCCAUUUGGGAACUGUCCUCGAUGUUAAUUAUCCAUGAAAGUUGGGAACUGUGUCUUUUGAAGAUAGUUGAUAGGUUGAUGUAGAUGAUCUGCUUGGUUGCUCAGAAAAGAUUAGCUUGUAUUUAUUAUGGGAUUUUAGUUCUAGAAUUGAUUUUAUUAUGCCUUUGGCUUUGAAAUGGAGGAUCAUGCUAGUCUUGUGUUUAUAUUUUUGGAGAGAGCAUUAUGUUCAAGUAAUUUGUGACUAUGUAAAUAAGAUGAAAUUGUGUUAUAUACAACUUAAUCUUAUUGGGGUUUUUUAAGAAAUUAAAAUUGUGUUUACUUUCAUGUCCACUCUUCUGUUAUGAACUUUUAGAUGGAAGUAUUCUAUUUAAGUUUGAAUUUUCUACUUGAUGAAGCAGGCAGAAUGGAUUAUCGUGGUUAUGGUGGUAGGCAAGAAACAGGUUCCCGGGACAAGCGGCACUAUGAAAAAGAGCAGGCUUAUCAGGAAUCUCUUAUAGAAGAUUUCGCUGAUGAAUUUCGAAUGCCAAUUAACCAAAGGCCAACGGAAAAUGUUGAUCUGGACAAUGUGGAACAAGCAUCACUGGAUAGACAUUUGAGUUCAUCUAAUGUGGGAUAUAGACUUCUGCAGAAAAUGGGGUGGAAAGGAAAAGGUCUCGGGAAGGAUGAGCAGGGGAUUGUUGAACCAAUUAGAUCUGGGAUAAGAGAUCCAAAAUUAGGGGUGGGGAAACAAGAAGAAGAUGACUAUUUUACUUCUGAAGAAAAUAUUCAACGGAAAAAGCUUGAUGUUGAGCUAGAAGAGACUGAGGAGGACGCAAAGAAGCGGGAGGUUCUAGCAGAACGUGAGCAGAAAAUUCAAACCGAGGUGAAAGAAAUACGCAAGGUUUUCUAUUGCGAUCUUUGCAACAAACAAUACAAAUUGGCCAUGGAAUUUGAAGCCCACCUUAGCUCAUAUGAUCAUAAUCACAGAAAGCGUUUUAAAGAGAUGAGAGAGAUGCUUGGUACAAGCAGUCGGGAUGAUCGCCUAAAACGAGAACAGCAGCGUCAAGAGAGGGAGAUGGCCAAGUUUGCUCAAAUGGCUGAAGCCGAUGCCCGGAAGCAGCAGCAGCAACUACAACAGCAACAAGAGGAAUCUAGGGUUGCUGCAGUAGCCUCUGAACUAAAAAAUGCAUCUGUAGUUGCAGAUCAAGAUCAGCGGAAGACUUUAAAAUUUGGGUUUUCUUCCAAGGGUGGCACUUCUAAGAUGUCAUUUGGUAGUGUUGCAAGGAAGCCAAAAUCAGCUGUUGCCUCAGUUUUUGGCAACGAUAGUGAUGAAGAAAAGUAAAAGAGUGGCCUUUGCAACUGGGUAUCGCUUUGGCUAAACUGGCUUGUACUUAAUGCUCAGUGUAUGCUAAAAUUAUGAAAAUUAUGUUAGCUAUUGUUUGUCCUUUAAUCUUGGAUUGUAUUAUUUUGAAUAAUUUUUGUUCAGAACCAGGGUGUUAUAUUUAUAUAUGUAUUUUGUGGAAUGGAAGUAGCUUUGUUGUGUUUUA